GAGGAGAAAGCCGCCAGAAGUGACGUCGCCCCGCCGAGACGCUUGCUGGGGGACGCCGUUGCGCAGGUUUUAUUCCUCGCCGCCGUCGCCUCGCCGGCCCGGGCCAUGUACCGGCAGAGCUUCCGCCCCCCGACGCCUCCGUACGCGGGCGGCGGCUUCCGGAGCCCUCCCUCUGGCGGGGGCCCCGUGCCACCCUCUCCGCGGGGCUACGGGAGCCCCCACCACACGCCGCCCUACGGCCACCGGCCUGGGCCUUACGGCAGCGGCCACUCGCCCCGAGGCCACGGUUUCCACGGCGGCGGCGGGCGGUUCGGGAGCCCGUCGCCGGGGGGGCAGACCCCGCGCAGGCCGCAGAGCGUCAGCCCCCGGUACCCGGCUCCCUACGGCGGCAAAUCCCCGGCUGGAGCUCCCCUGCACCCGCAGCAGCACAAGCGCUCGCCCGGGGGCUUCCAGAGGCACUACCAGGGAUCACCCAGGACAUCUACUCCAUUUGGUACAGCGCAUGGCAGAGAGAAAAGAGUGUCUAAUGAUGUGGAAAACUAUUACAGACCUUCAAUGCUUGAGGACCCAUGGGCUGGCCUAGAGCCAGUUUCUGUUACAGACAUAAACCAACAAUACAGCAGUGAGCAAACAACAUAUACUGGUAAAAAAGGGAGGUAUUUCAGCUAACACUUUUAAAGGCUAAAUAACUCCAUCUUGUCAGGAAAACUUUGGGACAAAAUCUUUACACUUACACAAGAUGAACAAUAAUCAAGACCUUAGAUAAUGCUUUUAUUUGAUCACACGUCCACCCUUUUAUCCUACUUUAUUUUAAUUGCAUUGGAUAUUUUUAUGUAUGGGAGGGAAAAGGAGUGGUAGGAAAACUUAGAUUUCUGGCUACGUGGAAGUGCCUACCAGGUUUGAAGAACAAAGUGUUCUUUAAUCACCAGCGACUGAUUUGUGACUGUUAAAACAGGUUUCCAUAUAUUUACCUCUUCCAUGCCAGAUUGUUAGCCUUUUAUUGUAAACUCCUUUAGGAAAUGGUAUUUUUUUAUGUUUCAACAUUUUUAGAAUGAAGUACCUUGGAAAUAAAAUAAAGUUUUGUAAAUCCUUGUUUUGUAAUGUAUAAAGAUUAUUUUAGGACUUUUGUUAAGGUGUACACAUUAACACAAAUAGUACUAGUGAAAUUAGGUAACUUCUGUAAAUGUGCUUGUAUGCUGUAGUUAAGCUCUGAUUUUGUGCAUAGUAUUUUUUGUUAAUUGUAGUGUAACAUGAAGUUGAGAAAUGACUUUCAGCCAUCUCAGGAAACAAAUGUAUUGUCUUUGGAAAGUUUAAUUUGUUGAACCAGCUCUUGAGUCAUAUCCAUAAUUCUGUAAUAAUUUGCUUUUGUAUUUAAAAAAAAAAAUUAUUUGGAACAAAAUUAGACAUUUCUGGAUUAUAGUAACAAGUCUGUUCAGUGGCAAUUUAAGUCUAAGGAGCACAUACAACAUAAAGAUUAAAUAAAUGCAAAUGUACUUUCUGGAUCUACCUGUUAGAAUAGCAUAGAAUGAAUGACAGUUUGUUAUACAGUUGACAUUAGUACAUGCAUAGCAUCUUUUUUUUCAUCUGUACAAGAUUUUUCAGAAUUUUUUAAAAUUAUUUUUUAUUUUUACCUAUGGCAGGCAUCUUUGCCCAGAGAAGUCUUGUCUGUGUGCAUGCUAUAUUUUUAUACAGAAGAGGAAGACAAUGGAGUUUUUUUAGAGCUUGUCUAUAUGUAGAAGAUCCAUUCUUAAAUCCAGUAGUGAAUAUUGUAAUAUAGCAUAAGAAAGAAAUAGUUCCAGCUGCAGGCAUGCUCUUAACAUGCCAUGUUAAGCCUGCAGUAGAUAUCUAAAUUUUUGUUGAACAUAACAUUAUUUGUUGAUCUUGGUUUUUAAGCAGUAGGUAGAGGGUGAAAACUUAGUUAAAAAUAAAUAAAAGCAUUAGUUCAGUUUUUAAAACAUAUGUUUUGUUUUAAGCUUCUUGCAUACUUCAUAGAAAACAUAUUUUUGUAGUCCUGAAGCAUGGUUAGGUAGAAAAGCACAGGGAAUCACAUUAGUCUGUUCAGUAACUUGCCUUUUGCUGAGGUAGAAUAGUCCUGUAUACUGCUUUAUCUGUUUUAGCAUAAAAUGUCUUGGGUUAAUACCGCCUUCAGGAGUAACUUCAAACUGGAAGGGGGGUUAACAUGUUGAAAUGUGCUAGCUGAGUCUCUUGCGCUUCUAUGACCAUAAUCUAAAGUUUGUCACUUGUGUCUUCCCCCAUUGACCUUACUGUUUUAGUAUUAUAUCCAAAAAGGCUGCUCAGAGAACUGAGAACAUAAUGCCUGCUUGAUAUCAAGAACGUUUAAAUCUUCAUCCCAGAAUCAAAACUGUGCCUUAAAUGGCAGCUAUCAGUAUCGUUAUCUGUAAUGCAUACCAGCAAAACUGAGAUGACUUGACAAGUUGUAGAUAGUAUUUAGAAUUUAUAAAUCAAUUAAUCAAUGUCAUUGUGAAAAGUGAAGUAUAAAGUUUUCUUUCCUCUUUUUUUUAACCUUGUCAGGUGCUGUAAAGCUCAAAAAAAGUUGCAGGGUGCUUAACUGAGUCAGCUUUUUUAUUACUAUUAUUUCCUUUGUAACUUAAUGCAGUUUACUUUUUGUAAUGUUUGGUGAUCUUGGGGAAGCAGAUACGAUUUUAUUAAAGAGACUAAAGCUAUGACAUGUCCCCAGUUAGACAUGAGAAGAAACUGGGUUUGGAAAGGAGAAAGGAAAGGAAAAGGAUUCAUGACAGAAGAGAGACUGUUAGAGGUGGGACUGCUUAUACAGUAGCCUGUAUUGGCUGCCCUUGCACAUUGCAAAGAUGCAUUUUUCCACUUGGGCUUUGCAGUUGACCCAGGGAUCAAAGCCAGCCUCCUCUGGUAAUAACUGUUAACUCCUGGAACCGGGUGUCAGCCAUCAACGAAGGUAAAUGUUCCAGAAAGAGAAUUGAGGAAAUAAUCUUGAAGCAUUGUUUAAUUAAUACAGGCCUUCCACAAUGCCAUCUGUUAAGCUGCUGCUCCAGCGCACUUCAGGAUAUGACCCAACAAUUAUAAGUACAUCAUACUGCUAAAGACUCCAAUAAUUUGGUCAAGAAUCAGCAAGGAAUUAAAAUGUAGAUGUAAUAAACUUACUAACCUCAUCAUACUGUACCAAAAACUUAAGAAUGAUUCACCUUUCUGGCUCCUAGGAGAAAUUCUGCAAUUACAGUAAAAUUUCAAAAUGUCAUUGUUGAAUAGCUGUAAAAUGCAUGAACACAUGUUCAGAACUAUAAAUAUAAUGUACUUAAAGCCAA